AUGCACUCAAGCACCCAUUUGUCCUCGGAACAUUUCCAGCGAUGUCGUUUCGGCGGGCAUUUCAGCUUGCAGGGACAUUGGCAGGAUUUUGCGUGUGGCGAUAGAGCCACUAUGGACACUGGAGCCAUGGAAGGUUGGCCGUUCCCAAGCGACUUCCGCGACCCGAACGAGGCAUGGAAUGUUCAGGGCAAGCUCUUGUUCUUCGCACUCUACACGGGCUUGUGGUCAUGCGUGGUGCUGGCGGUGUUCCUCUACACGCGGCUUCGCAGCCGCUGCAGCUGCCGCAGACGAGGGCGUUCACCAGUGAAGCGGCAAAGCAGCGGAUUCGGGGAUGUGUCGAAGAUGUCGGAAGCCUUCGGUGAGAUGCCGCCCUUCCCAGAACGCAAGGUCCACGAGCUGUUCCUGGAGCAGGCGAAGCUGACACCGACGGCGACGGCCCUGGUGUUGCCCCACGAGGCAAAGACUGUGGUCACCUACCAGGAGCUGGCAGAAGCCGUCCGGCAAUUGGCCGUCGUGCUCGAACGGCUAGGCGCGAAUGGCGAGAUCGUGGCUUUAUCUUUGCCGCGAAGCAGCGCGCAGGUGGUGUCGAUCCUCGGCGCUUUGCUGUCGGGUGCCGGCUACCUGCCCAUGGACGACACUGGGCCAGAGGCCAGGAAAAGGCUCGUUCUGGAGGACAGCCGCGCCACAGUUUUGAUCUCCGACGCCAACUCCCAGGAGUGCAAGCACAUUGCCGCAGAUCUCGGGCUGCACUGGGUGGCGAUCUCCUCCUUCGGAAACUUCACCGUCACCGAAGCCCAGCGACCAGCUGUGCAGAGCGGCGCUGGCAGCGGCGACACGGGCAACGUGGCCAUGCUGAUCUACACGUCCGGAUCCACCGGAGAGCCCAAGGGCAUCGUCUACGACCACCAGCAUCUCCUGCACGGCGCGUGGUUCUGGGCAGAGGAGCACGGGAUGUCGGAGAGCUCUGUCCAGCUCUUCAAGUCUCCGUACUUCUGGGCAGUCAUGGAGUGGGAGGUCUUCCCAGCCUUGAUCAGGGGUGGCAAGCUCGUCGUCGCUAGCGCCGAUGGCCACAAGAGCCCGCAGUACAUUACCCAAACCAUCGAGAAGUUCCACGUGGACGUGCUCAUGAUCACACCUUCCGUUUUGGACCUGCUCCUGGACGUUGCGCAGGGGUCUUUGAGGGGCCUUCGUGUCAUCACGACCGUGGGUGAGCCUUUGCCGUCGCAGCUGGCCAACCGUGUCGCAGGCCACCGUGGGCUGUCGGUGACCCUGCGGAACUUCUACGGUGCAUCCGAGAGCUCAUGCACCGUCUACACGGUGCCCGAGCGCGGCGUCGACACGGAUCUGUACCCGCGGUACGUUCCAGCCGGCGUUCCGCAGCCUCACGUCAGCGUGUUCAUUAUGGCCGAGGGCAGCUUCGAGCUGAUGCCUCCGGGGGAAGCUGGCGAGAUCUGCUUCGGAGGCGUGCUGGCUGCACGCUACUGGCAGCGGCCGGAACUCACGGCCGCGAAGUUCGUGCCUACGGAGGACUUCGGGCGAAUCUACCGCACCGGCGACUUGGGCCGCUUCCGGGAGGGAGCUUUGGAGGUGGUCGGGCGCCUGGACCGGCAGCUGAAGGUCAACGGCGUGCGCGUGGAGCCCGGCGAGAUCGAGGCCGUCCUGAUGCAGUUCGACCCAGUGGAGCCGCAACAGGAGGACGCUGAGAUGGGCUGCCUGCUGCCCGUCGCGAAGGCGGCCGUGUGCUGCGCAGAUCCGCCGCAACUCGUGGCCUUCGUAGAGCCACGGAAGGAGGCGACGAUCCGCGCGCACGAGCUCAUGGAGCACUGCCGCAAGGAGCUCAUGCCCGCGUACCUGCCCAAGCUCAUCGUCGUCCUCGACGCAGGUUUGCCGGUGCUUCCAAACGGCAAGGUGAACUACAAGUCCUUGAAGGAGAUGGCCGACAAGGAAGCCUCCCAGGCACAGGAGACCGUCAUGGACUCGCUUGGGCAGAUGAAGUCCAUGUCCCGAGCGGCCAUCCUCGAGAAUGCAGUGAUCCACCGCUGCUACGCCUUCUGGAUGCUGGGCGUCCUCACGGAUCACUACGCCUGGUGUGCCAUGAGCACGGACCCCAAGGACCCCACUGGGAUGCGGUCCCUGCCCUUCUGCACGGCCUUGGCCUCCUGGAACGUCGCUCCGUGGGCGGAGGCUCUCGUGCGCUCCCUCGGCAACGAUCAGGACCUCUUUGGCUUCAUCAUGCUGGGCGCCUACCAGGACUCACGGCCCCAGGGCGGCGAGGCACGCAAGCGGGCGCGACUGGGCUGGCCGGACCUCUUCGUGUUCGCUGUGUACCUGUUCAUGGCCAUGCCGCUGCCUCAAACCUUUGAUGCUCUUACGGGUGGAUUUGCCUACCCGGACAGGACGUGGCAGAGCCGCAGCGCUGAAGAGACCAACGGCUGGGAUCAGGUCUAUCUGGAGAAUUCUCACGCCACUUCAGGCCACCGCUGGUACUUGCGGAUGAUCUUGUGCUCCAAAGUUUACCUCGUGAUCUGUGACUGCGUGCGCCUGCCGCCUUUCCUCCAGGUGCUUCUUGCCGUGCUCUGCAGCUACUUCGGUCCAGUGAAUGCCCUUAAUGCUUGUGAGUUGGGCGUUCCGAAGUUUGUCGUCUUCUGGUUGCUUCGCGACUGUUUUGUCUGGACCAGAUGGGUGGCAUGCUACGGUGCUUUCUAUGUGCUGCUGGCCUGCAUUUGUGCCAAGUAUUCGCCGCAACACUCCUCCUGCCUGGCAGGUAUGCUCAUGGCUCUUUUCCACUACCCCAACCAGCUCCUGGAGAGCGGCGAGAAGGGCUCGUGGCUGAUGCCGCUCUUGGAGCUCACUGUCACCACGCUUCAGCCGGCGCUCUUUGCGCUUGGCGCCGUCUACUGGCCGUUCAAGGCCAGCUUCUUGGGCAACAGCACGCUCGGUUGCUACGUGAUUCACUUCAUCUUCAGAGAUCGCAUGACGGAGGCCAUUCAGAUGAUGAUGCCGAUGCUGAGCUGGGAUCUCACGGGGCUUCUCCUGCCUUUGGCCAUCGCUGUUCUUUGCCUAGCAUUCAUGUCCACUGUGGGGCCGGUCGGGCACUACAUUCUCAUCGCCCCGCAAUUCGUUGCAAGUUUCGUGAGGCGACGGCUUUUUAGGAAGUCGUGA